AUGUCGGCAUUUUACUCCCUCUCAGACGAUGAGGACGGUCCCGUUGCGGGGCCCUCAUCCCCCUCGAUGCUAGCAACACCGAGACGCAACAAACCCAAUGACUCAAGCGCAGCAGCAUACGCUCUCGAAUCGCCUUCGGCCUCGCCCUUCUCUCGUGGCGGCGGUCACGCGGGCCCGUCAACCUCAGCAGGGGCUAUUACACCACCACGACGCCCCCCAGCAUACAAUCGCGGCUUGUCCCCCUCCCUCUCAAUACGCGGUGCAGCGCCCACAGCGCCCGGUCCUGGCCCUCCUCCACCACUUCCCGCCAUCACACGCCUACAAAAAGCCUGGGUAGCAGAGAGAUCCUGCCCCGAGCUACUGCCCUGGUCUGAUCCGAAUGGCAGCCUCAGAUGCGAUGAAGUAGUCGAUGAGGUUUGUGCACAGGUCGAGCAGCAGGUGUCCAUCCUCACCCUCCUCUCAACAGACGAGGCCACAUCAGAAGAGGAACAUUUGCGGCUCAGCCUCGUCCAGUUAGACGUCGAACGAGCACGAUGGCUUCUACGUGCCUUUCUUCGGACUCGCCUCUCCAAGCUGGAGGAACACCCGCAGCAUUACCUUUCCUUAGCUGGAGACGAUGACGGUGGUGGGCCAGGAGGGGCAAUGCUGGUAUCACCUCUCGAGCGCGCCUACCUCCGCAAGUACGCCUCGAUCCGCGCAACCCACUUCAACACGUCUAUUCUCGACUAUCUGCCCGAGUCGCUACGCGGGCUAGCUGAUGACGCCUUGGACGAGGAACCCGGCUCUUCAGCAGGCGGGAUGGUGUCGCGGCCGGAUGCCCAAGGGCCCGUCUUCAUCAGGUGCAUCGAGGACUGCGGAAGCUUGACAAUGGCUGACGGCGAGACUGUGCAGCUUGUAAAGGGGAGCGUCCAUCUUCUGAGUUGGAGUGGGGUGAGAGCGCUGGUAAGGGCGGGUAGGGCUGAGCUUGUCUAG